AUGCCUGUCCCUUUCGAAGCCCUGAUUCCCUAUGGAAUCAUCCUAGCCAUGUUCGGUGUCACCGGCGCCGGCCUGAACAAGAUCAAGCACAUGCAAAACGGAGGCAAGCGACAGCGACGAUCCAUUGAUCAGUGGGACAGACAAAUGAUGGACCGCGACCGAAGGAUCACAGGUUUCCUAAGAGGACAGUCGGACAACCCGAUAGCGCCGAUUGGCUUCGAGUUGAAUAACCCAUGGAGGGUCGAAAAGCGCAUGUCGUAG